GGAAGGGGGGCCCCCAGAAGCUGGAGAAACUGAAAAAUCUCGUGUGUGUAAAGGGAUGAAUAGAAGUGGCCCUUUUUGGCACAAUGGGCAAAGGCUUCUACAUAAACAAGUUUGUCGCCUUUGUGGCCAUCUUCUUUGCCAUAGCGGCAGUGGCUACAAUAAUUGCUCUGGCAGUAGUUUAUUCGAAUGAGAAGUCCAACAAUGAUAAGGCAGAAAAUGGAGGAACUGCAUCAUCUGUAAGUCCUGUGACUACAUCUGCACCCAGUGAAAUAUGGGAUAAAUACCGACUUCCAGAACAUCUAGUACCAGAACACUAUGAUAUUGACCUCAGACCCAUUUUAACCAAAAACGCUCAGGGGCUCUACAUUUUUCAUGGGGAAAGUAAAGCCUAUUUCAUUUGUCGGGUAGCUACACAACACAUUGUUAUCCAUAGUAAACAGCUCAUCUAUAUCAAAGACCCAGUGCUCAUGGAUGAAAAUAACAAUGUUAUCGGCUCAGACAAAUAUUUUUUCGCAGAGAAGACCAAUUAUUUAAUACUGCCUCUCAAAGAAAAACUCCAACCUCAGAAAAAAUAUAUACUUCACACAGACUUUGAAGGAGAACUGGCUGAUAAUCUGGCAGGAUUUUACCGCAGUGAAUAUGUGGAAGACAAUGAAACCAAGAUCAUAGCCACUACACAAAUGGCGGCCAUUGAAGCAAGGAAGGCAUUCCCCUGCUUUGAUGAACCGGCAUUGAAAGCUACUUUCAACAUCACCCUAAGACACAAGCCGAAUUAUGUGGCACUGUCAAACAUGAAUGUUUUAGCUGUGACCACUGAACAGUGGGAGAAUGAAGAAUGGAAUAUCACUAAGUUUGAAAAGUCUCCAAAGAUGUCUACAUAUCUGGUGGCCUUCGUAGUUUCACAGUUUAAACACGUUGGUGACAAUGUGGUUAAAAUCUGGGGCCGUAAAAAAGCAAUUGAGGAUGAGAAUCAAGGAGAGUAUGCACUGAAUAUCACAAGGCCAAUUCUGGAGUUUUUUGAGGAAUAUUAUCAGGAGCCUUACCCUCUGCCAAAAUCGGACCAGGUAGGUCUUCCAGACUUCAGUUUUGGAGCCAUGGAGAACUGGGGACUUGUAACAUACAGAGAGACUGGACUCCUAUUUGACACUAAGGAAUCUUCCAUUAGCAACAAGGAGAGGGUGCUUGAAGUAAUAUCCCACGAGCUUGCACAUCAGUGGUUCGGGAAUCUUGUAACAGUUCGAUGGUGGAAUGAUCUGUGGUUAAAUGAAGGUUUUGCCUCUUAUGUGGAAUACUUGGGAGCCAACUAUGCAGAGCCCACCUGGAACAUAAAAGAUCUGAUAGUGCUUAACGACAUCCAAAGAGUAAUGGGUGUUGAUGCUUUAACCUCUUCUCAUCCACUUACAACAAAAGAAGAAGAUGUGAACACUCCAUCAGAAAUCAGUGCAUUCUUUGAUUCCAUUACAUAUAGUAAGGGUGCAGCAGUCAUUCGCAUGUUGUCCUCAUUUCUCACUGAAGAGCUUUUUGUAGAGGGACUUCGGGCUUAUUUUAAUGAAUUUGCAUAUGGAAACACAGUGUAUACUGACCUGUGGAAACACUUACAAAAAGCUAUUGAUGAUAAACAAUUUCAGCUUGAAAACAGAAUUGAAGAUAUCAUGAACACAUGGGUCUUGCAGAUGGGUUUUCCUGUGGUGACGAUAGAUACAACUCGUGGAUUAGUAGAACAGAAACAUUUUCUUUUAGAUCCGGAAGCAACAGUCACUCGGCCAUCAGAUUAUAAGGCUGGCUUCUGGUUCAGGAAUUCAUCGGCGCUGACCGGGAGAAGGACAUCAGACAGCUAUACCUGGAUUGUACCUAUCACAUAUAUCACCAGAACUAGUCUUCAAAUGAAUUUCUGGCUUAAACAUCCUGCAGACACACACAGCCCAUUUGAUUUGACUGGGCAAGGAAAUAACUGGCUGCUUGCAAACAUCAAUAUGACUGGAUAUUACAGGGUUAACUAUGAUGAUGGAAACUGGGACAGAUUGCUUGAACAACUGAACACUGACCUUUCAGUUAUUCCUGUUAUAAACCGGGCUCAGAUCAUUGAUGAUGCAUUUAAUUUAGCCAGAGCUGAGAUAAUAAAGACUACAAGAGCACUUGAAACAACUACAUUUCUCUCCAAGGAUGUGGAGUACAUGCCAUGGCAGGCGGCCAUCAACAGUCUCAGUUACUUUACACAGAUGUUUGACCGCACAGACGUGUAUGGACCAAUGAAGGCUUACAUGAAGCAGCAGGUUAUACCUCUUUAUGAGUAUUUUAAAAACAAGACAAUUGAUUGGACUGUUAGACCUGCAACUUUAACAGAACAAUACAGUGAAGUAAAUGCAGUCAAUAUGGCUUGUAGCUAUGGAAUCUCAGAAUGUGAACAACUGGCCACCAAACUUUUUAAUGAGUGGAAAAAUUCAAAUAUCAAUGCCAUCCAUCCAAAUCUAAGGUCCACCAUCUACUGCACUGCAAUAGCUCAAGGGGGAGUAGAAGAGUGGGAUUUUGCAUGGGAAAUGUUCAGAAGCACCACUAAUGCACAAGAGGCUGACAAACUCCGGUCAGGUCUGGCAUGUAGUAAGGAACCCUGGAUUCUGAAUAGACUGCUAGAGUUUUCCUUGGAUCCCACGAAAAUCCGAAGACAAGAUACAAUUACCACAAUUACCAAUGUUGCUAAUAAUGUGUUAGGCCAAAAUCUUGUCUGGGACUUUGUCAGAGCCAACUGGGCCAAAAUCUUCCAAAACUUUGGAGAUUCUUCAUCCUUUGGUAAUCUUAUUACUGGAAUCUCUGGAAGAUUCUCCUCAGAAUUUGAAUUAGACCAACUUAAACAGUUUAAAGAGGACAAUAAAGAAGUUGGUUUUGGCACAGCAACUCGUGCACUGGAUCAAGUCAUAGAAAAGACAGUGGCAAAUGCCAAAUGGGUCAAUCAGAACAAAGCUGUUGUAAAGGAAUGGUUUGAGGCUGCAGUAAGACCUUAAAGGACAUAUGAAAAUCUUUACUUAUAAAUAACAAGUUUACAAACCACAUCUGCUCCCUGUGAAAACAUUUUGCAGUUCUUGGGUCUACACAGUGAAAAAUAGAAAGUGAAACGGCAGACAUAUUGUAUGUCUUGAGGUACUUCAACUAGAUUGCUGUUCAUUGGGAUUUUAUGACUUUCCUUUCUCAAGUAACUGAAACCCAUAUUUUCUAUAUAUUUACUAAAUUAUAUUACAGUAGUGGAUGCAUGGAAUAGCCUUCCUGCAGAAGUGGUCGCUGCAAAUACAGUGAAAGAAUUUAAACAUGCAUGGGAUAAGCAUAAGGCUAUCCUUCAUAUAAGAUAGGGCCAGGGACUAUUGAUAGGAUUCAGAUUAUUGGGCAGACUAGAUGGGCCAAAUGGUUCUUAUCUGCCGACACAUUCUAUGUUUCUAUGUUUCUAUAAUAUAUUUACUAAAAUUUGUUCCCACCAUGAGUAAGGACACAAAGUCUGAAACCUGUCGGUUAUUUUGCUGUAUUCCUCAUGUGUUUUCAUAUGGAUUUUGGAUAUCAAUAAAGCAGGUGCAUUCCUAUAUUUGCAUGGUGCUGGACAACUUCCUUUCUUAUGCUGUU